CGUCUGGAGUCUUGCGAGCGAGCCAAGGUUGACGUCGUCUUGGAGGGACAUAUACAGACUGCGCCGAGUUGAAGUGUUUGCUUGCAGCGCCCCGCCCCGCGACAGGUAGCCAUUGCACGAGGAGCAGGAGCCAGCCGGCCGUGAGCCGAUAUGGGCAACCAGAACUCGCGGUCGACGACGCCAAUCAACGGCCACUCGCCCAGCAACCACGCGCCGCCGUCACACUCGCAGUCCAACACUCACACGCAACCGCACGCCGGCUACCCCUCGGCGCGCAGACGCGAAUCCAUCCAGGCUCUGACGGUGAAAGCACAGGCAGCGCCACCGUCGGCGUCGCUCGAAAGCGCGGCCGCCUAUCCCACGUCGACGCGCCCUCGCUCGCGCGCCCGCACCCAGUCGACGGCCAGCAACACGGCCACGGUCGCCAGCCAGCUCCGCGCCGCCCAGGACACGUUCGGCGACAAGAUGGGCAACGACCAGAGCCGGCCCAAGGACAGGGACAGGGACAGGGAGAGGGAGAAGCCCCGCCAGCUCACCCCACCACACCCUCCUCCUCCGCCCGCCGCCUCCAGGACGCCAGAGCCGCUGCCAGUCCCAAUGGCCGUGCCGGUGCCAGUGCCAGUGCAGUCCCCCCAAUAUGCGCCCUCGCCGCACACCAGGCCCGUCGACGUGCCCGCCGCCGUGCGCGAGGAGCCGCAGGGCCGCACCCCCGUCGACGCCGCGCAGGACUACAUCAUGUCGUCGUCGCACUUCAGCCGCCCGCCGCGCAUGCCGCUGCCCAUCGAGGAGGAGACGCACACGCCCGGCUCGCCCAUCAUCUCGCCCGCCGACUUCGCCAGCCCCAUCGACCACGGCGAGAUCGAGGGCGCCCUGCCCAACCGCUCGUCCAUGCUCAGCCAGAACGCCGCCGACGACGACGACUUUGGCGACGAGUUCAAGAGCCCCGCCGGCCGCCCCACGGUGCCCACGCUCAUCGAGUGGGAGGGCGAGGGCGAGCGCGUCUACGUCACAGGCACCUUCGCCGGCUGGAACCGCAAGUAUCGCCUGCAUCAAGACGGCCCCAGCAACAAGCCAAACACGCUCUCGGCCUACGUCCACAUCGCCCCGGGCACCCACCACCUCAUGUUCAUCGUCGACAACGACAUGCGCAUCUCGGACAAGCUGCCCACCGCCGUAGACUACACAAACAUCCUCGUCAACUACCUCGAAGUCUCCUACGACGACAUCCCCGCCCCACCCUCCACAGCAGGAGGUCCCGUUCCGACCCCCAACCCCGACACCCCCGCCGGCCUGCACACGCCCCAGGCCCUCGCCGCCCCGCCCCCGGACCCCGUCCCCCGCGAAUCCACGGAGAAAUACCACCAGAACAUCCCGCGCUACCUGCUCGACCUCGACGCGGCAGAGGAAAGCAGCAGGUUCGCCCGCGCAAACGCCGUCGCGGGGAACUUGCCCACACCCCCUACUCUACCGGGUUUCUUGGGUAAGAGUAUCCUCAAUGGCACGACGCCUAUGAAGGAUGAUAGUAGUGUGCUUAUCAUGCCGAAUCAUACCGUGCUCAAUCAUCUGGCGACGAGCAGUAUUAAGGAUAAUAUUCUUGCGACGAGUGCGACGACGAGGUAUCGGCAGAAGUUUCUUACGACGAUACUGUAUAAACCUAAGGAGGAGAAUCCUGAACGGGUUUAUUGAGGGGGUGGGAUGGAUUACGACGGCUUUGUUCGCGGGUAAGUGCAAUCUGAUUGAUUUGGCAUGGGCGGGGGUCGGACUUUUGCGUUUUCAGCACGAUGUGAUGCUACAUGACAUGAUGAAAUCUCCCGAUGGCUUCGUUGAGGAGUGGGAAGGAAAAGCAUGGCUUGCGAGGGGGAGGGGGAGGGGGUUGGAGAAAAGGGGAGGAUACCCAGCAG